UGGGUUUGACAGAUCGAAGUAGAACGGAGCACAAUAAUAUUACAUACACAGUUUAGAAGUUUAUAACAUAGGCCGGGGAUUUUUCCAGCCUUGUUUCAGUACAAUUUUCUCUCGAAUAUGAUGCAAUUAGUCAUCUAGUUUGAGAUGCAUCCACUUCGGUUGAUGCGAAUUUGUGAUUAAUUGUGAUUCAAAUCUUGAGUGUUAGACAAAAGUAAAAGGAUUUUUUUUUCUCCCCAACUCUAUUUCCCUACUGCCCGUUUCCUGUAGAAUUCCAGGUUCCUAAACGCUAGAAGAUACCAAAAUGUCCCAGCUUUACCUGCUACCAAUCUCAGUGUUUUUACUUUUCAACUUUACCUUCAUUGGAACAUACAUCGCUGCAGUUCUGCAAGGUCACGUUGUGCCUACAGUGCCGUACAUAAGCGAUGCAGCUACCUAUUCGCCGGAAAGUUGCGUUUUCGGACAACUAAUUAGUCUGGGAUGUGUUUUGCUGGGCAUCACCAUCUACGUCCGUUUUAGGCAAAUCCAGGAAAUCGCUCUGCGACAUCCCGAUGUUCAAAGGGGAACGGAACGGCUGAAUGGAAGAGCCUUUUGGGUCGGUAUGGGCUCAUGUUUGGGUGUCAGCAUUGUGGGUAACUUCCAGGAGACGAACGUACGCAUCGUGCACUACAUAGGUGCGUUUCUUGCGUUCGGUCUUGGUACGGUUUACUAUUGGAUGCAGGCCUACAUUUCCUACCAUCUGCAGCCGUAUAUCGGUUCGAUGAUGAAAGCUCACAUUCGACUGGCAAUCGCGGCUAUAUGCACUAUCUUUUUCAUCAUCGUCUCCAUCACGGGCGUUAUUUCGCAUAUUUUGUUCAAUGGGACCGAUCCCCGAAAAUGGUAUCCGUCGGACGGAGGUUGGGAAUAUCAUGUGGCAAGCUCCAUUUCCGAGUGGAUAGUUGCGACGGCUUUCUGCUUCUACAUUCUUACGUUCACCGACGAGUUUCGGGUGAUGCAGCUGGAUCAUCCACCGUUAAUUUUUCUCGAAGUUGAAGAUUCACAAUACUACGAACCAGUAAUUACCGAGCCGGUUAGCUCCGAUUCGUGAUAUGUUUCGAGUUCUUCCGAAUCAUCUCCAAUGUUGGACAUCCGAGCAAAACUUCCGCCAUCUUCCCGGUUCAUCCAUAAACAACGAUCGCUAAGUCUGAACGAUCUUCAUCUUCUGAAACAAAAUAGAGACCAGGAACGGCAUACUGCUUCGAAUGUGGAACGGAUCUGCGAUGGAUUGAACUGUAUCAUCAAUAUUAAAAAUUCAUUCAACAGUCAAAUCGAAACCUUGGACGGCACUGGGCUGUUUGAGCUUCCCGUGGGUUUGAACGAUUCCUGUUUGGAUCUCUGCUCUUCGGAGCUGCAGUUGUUUGAGUUGUUUCGGGAAAAACUUGACCCACGCAAGGUUGCCUCUCUGUCGAUGUCGCUGAUGCUGGUUGCCAUUCUGGAAGCUCUCCACACGCUGACCGUUUUCUUUAGCGAUAAUUUAAACCGACCUAGCUAUCUGUAAGCCUGUGCAUAUCAUAUGAAUUUGAGUAUAGUGAUAUUACUUCUAAUCCCAGUUUUUUUUAAGCAUGACUGGGUUUGUCUUAGAUAUCUAAGUUUGAAAAUAUAUAAACGCCAUAGAAAAAGAAA